AAGAGAAUAUUGUAUGUAUGGCAGCUGUCUCCUGAGAUUCCUCCCAUUUCUUUUUGUUUAGGUUGUUUCUUCUUGACCUUACUUCACUGAGGCCUGGUCGUGCAGCUAGGAGCUUUCCUGAAGAAGCUUGGAUGGAGAUCUCGCUGCCAUGCCUAGCGGCGUAACACAGGGAUCUCAGGAGCAAUUGAGGUGGUGAGGUAGAGAUGUUUGGUCACACAAAGAUGCCUUUGUUUGACCAACAUAGUAGCUCCUUGUGGAGGCUGACAAAAUCUAGAGAUGUGUGGCGGGUUGCAGGGUAAGAAUAUAUAUAUAUGUGCAAUGCCUGGAUACCUAAAACCUGCCAAGUGAUCAGCAUAUUUCAAGAUUGCCUUCAAACGCUGUUUCAGAGUUAAAAUGAAGCUUUAAAUUUCUCUGGGCCUUUGGCUGUGGUUUGAUUUGUCAUGAUGACCUAUAGUUUGUUCAUUAACUUUGGGAAUCAGCUGAUUGCACUUUGUCCUGACUUGGUGGGGUGUUAGGAUGAGACACUUGGUGCCAGAGGAUUUUUUUUUUUUUUAAUCAUGUCCAUAGACUGUAAAAUGAAUUUAAAAAAAACAACAGGACUCCAUGAUUGCCAGUUUUAAAACCAGCCUGCUGUCUCCUGUGUACUUUGAAGUCUGAGAGGAGGGGCUGGAAGCUGUUAGUUGUUGUGACCUACCUUUAAUUGCUGUAGAAAUUUAGUUCAGCAAUGCUGACAAAUCCCCUUCCCCCAAGCAGCCCUUGCUCUGCUGCUGUGUACAGAUGAGCUGCUGCACUCCCCAGACAGGUUGCUUGGCACAGUUGCAUGAGAAGUCAUCCAUUUUGCCAUCCAGAAGAUCUGAAGACUUCGGGAUUGGGAUGCCAGAUAUCUAUUUAGAAAGCAAGAAAACGGUGUGAACCAGUUGUUCCUGCAGAUGCUUUAUUGUUGUUCUAGAGAUAGUGUGGGGAAAAGGAGUAAAAUAAGAGUCUACAAUUGUACCCGGAAAUGUAUGGGCUGCUCAGUGGCCUAUUAGUCUGUACCCCUGGGAUGCUGUUGGCUCUCUCCUCUGCACCACUGCUGCAUGCAUGGGCUCAGUCGGAGGCUUUAGCUUUUCUUGCCUCUGACUGCUAACACUGAGGGGAAGGGCGAUGUUCGUCUGCUCUCCCUGAUAGGUGCUGUUGUGUAUCUGGCAGUAGUUAUUACCUGCCUCGCUUCUCAGCAUGAAAUAGGGUACUGUCCGACUGGCAGCACUUCGAGAGCAGGCAGCACCGCCUCAAUCUUAACUUAACACUGCAUUCUUAGACCCCACGAAGGACAAACAGCAGUGUGCAUGGCAGUAUUCAGAAGCUGCCUUUUCUACUAUUUUUGUUAUUGAUUUGCGUAACUUCUCUUCCCUCCGUGUGAGGGAGCUUUCAAAUAAACAUAUGUCAUGUUCAAAACUGUCUGGAGAAAGGUGUUAGGUUUCCUUUUUGCCAUACCUGCAAGGCUCUACACUGCAAAGCUCCUCAGGGAGGUGUUCAUGGCUCUCUUUUCCUGAAUAGCAAAGAAACACGUUUUCUUUUCCUCUGUAACCCUCCCUACCUGGCAGGCGCUGAUCGUGAUCACCUUGCUGCAAGUUCUUGCACUUCCACGUUGGCUCUAAGAGGGUUUACAUGAUGCUGUGAAGCUGCAGUUGGCUGUCAGACCUUGGCACUAUGUCAGUCAAGCAAAGCUGGCCAAGUUGCCCUGAACUAUUUCUUUAAUCUCGCCUGUGGUAAAUGAAGACUGUUUUCCUUUGUGCCACAUUGUAUGGCUCUACCUCCACAUAGGAAGAUUUUUAUAUUCCCUGGACCCCUGCUCUGCCUACAUCAGCCUGAACGAGCCCUGGAGGAACACAGAUCAUCAGAUAAACGGCUCCCACGGCCAGCCGACAUGUGACAGUCAAAUUGAUGGGGAGUGGUAUCGCUUCACCGGCAUGGCUGGCGAUGCUAUGCCUACCUUCUGCAUCCCAGAGAACCACUGUGGCACCCAUGCUCCCAUCUGGCUGAAUGGCAGCCACCCACGGGAGUCGGAUGGCAUUGUCCCACGCCAAGCCUGUGCCAGCUUCAAUGGCAACUGCUGCCUUUGGAAUACCACGAUUGACGUCAAGGCAUGCCCGGGCGGGUACUAUGUGUACCACUUAACCAAGCCUAGUGUUUGUUUCCACGCGUACUGUGGGCAUUUUUAUGAUAUCUGUGAUGUAGUGGAUUGCCAGGGCUCCUGCCUGGACACCAGUGACUGCACAUGUUCCCCGGGGACAACACUGGGACCUGAUGGACAAACAUGUCUUGAUGAAAAUGAAUGUGAGCAGAACAAUGGCGGCUGCAGCGAAUUUUGUGUUAACCUGAAGAACUCCUACCGCUGUGAGUGUGGGAUUGGGCGCACACUGGGACGUGAUGGAAAAACCUGUGAAGAAAUUGAAGGCUGUCACAAUAACAAUGGAGGCUGCAGUCAUACCUGUAUUGAAGUGGAAGACAGAUACCAAUGUGAAUGUCCGAGAGGACUUGUUCUGUCAGAAGACAAUCACACUUGCCAAGUUCCAGUGCUAUGCAAGUCCAGCUCUAUUGAUGUGAGCAUCCCGAAGGACCUGGUUGGAGGCCUGGACCUCUCCCUCAUCAACACUUCCUGCAAAGGAGUAUCCAAUGGCACUCACGUCAACAUCCAUUUCUCCUUGAAGUCCUGCGGCACUGUUGUAGAUGUAAUAAAUGAUAAAAUAAUUGCUACCAAUCUGGUGACUGGCUUGCCAAAGCAGACUCCGGGAAGCAAUGGGGACAUCAUUGUCCGCACCAGCAAGCUGCUGAUCCCAGUGACCUGUGAAUUCCCACGCCGGUACACCAUCUCUGAGGGUUAUGUGCCCAACCUCAAGAACUCACCCUUGGAAAUCAUGAGCCGCAACCAGGGCAUCUUUCCCUUCACUCUUGAGAUCUUCAAAGACAAAGACUUUGAUGAACCCUACAGAGGUGCAAUUCCCACCCUCAAGCUUCGGGACUCUCUGUACUUUGGGAUUGAACCCUUGGUACAUGUAAAUGGACUAGAGACACUGGUAGAGAGCUGCUUUGCUACUCCCACCUCAAAAAUUGAUGAGAUCCUGAAGUACUACCUGAUUCAAGAUGGCUGUGUUUCUGAUGAUUCAGUGAAACAGUACACGUCAAAGGACCAUCUUGCCAAGCAUUUCCAGGUUCCUGUUUUCAAGUUUGUGGGCAAAGACAACAAGGAGGUGUUCUUGCACUGCCGCAUCCUCGUGUGUGGGGCACUGGACGAGAGCUCUCGCUGUGCCCAGGGCUGUCAGAGACGGGUGCGCAGGUCGGCUGCAAUGGAGAAGGAGGAGGAGGAAUCUGGUCAUGUGGCAAACCACAUCCUGACAGGUGGCCCCAUCAGAAUCGAGUUGGAUGACUAACACCCACCCACUGGAACAGCAUCUCUGCCUGAGACCAACAUUCCCUAUCAAUGUCUUCUUUCAGGGUGUUGGAGAAACAAGAGGUGUUUGGUAAAGCCCCACUUGAGCCUCAGGGCUUGUUUCCCUAACCGUGUGGUGAUAUUUGUGCAGGAUGUUGGGCACAUGAGGCAGCCCUCAGAGUGUGACCCAGACUGCGGAACAUUCAUUUUACCUGUGUUUCUUCCCAAGGCCCCACUGAUUUGCAAGCCUGAAGCAUCAUCCGACAUUGUAUUUCCUUACAUCUGCCUGCAGGCUCUAUAGGACUGUGUGUCCUUGACUAAGCAAAUGUUAUUCAAGCCCUUCUUUCAUCAGAAAAUACAAAUGGUAUGAACAUGCUCGCUAUGCAGUUCUGUGAAUGAUGCUGAAGCUUUCGGAUGUGCUGAGAUUUUGAAUGACUGUUAAUAAAAAAGAGCAUCAAAAUAUGUAUCUUGUAAUGUGUAAGUACCUUAGAGCUAUAAAACAGCUGUCAUUAAAGGCAGCUAAAGCUCAAGUCCAUCAUAGGCACAUUUAAAUGUUAUUUUUAAACAGUAAAAUGUAUUUAAUAAAACUUGACUUUUUUUAGUGUCUUUUGAUAAUUGCAUGCAGCUUAACAGUGUUCCCUCUUGUAUUUAGUGUAUCGUUAUUUUUCUCCUUGCUUUUCCACCUCCAGAAGUGUGACCUUUGUAAGUGCUGUAGUGCCUUGAUUGUAAGAGAAAGACCAUUAAACAUCUGUAAACA